CUCAACCUCCUACCGGCCACUUCCACUCGCCUUGCCUAAUCAACACGACACCAAGUCAAACAGCCCAAGCCAGCCAGCCAGCCCAUCUUGCUUUUUUCUUUCUUUUUUGCUCACCCACUACCGCCCCUUGUAAAACCACUGUCGUUCUCGUUCAGCACAUACCCUUAGCCUGGAGAGGAAGAAAGAGAAAGAGAGACACAGAGAGACUCGCACCCCCGCCGCCUCAACUACUCUCACAUAGCGCCCAUCUACUCGAUGAUAAGCCCCUGUCCGACCACCGUAGUCGACCUGUUCCCAUAUAUGCCACGCUAUCUUCUCCACGCCCACCCUUGAAAACCGGACCUAGCCACCCCACCACGUCCGACCACCCACUGCCGGCCCUCGACAUCAUAUGCUGGCUUGACCCGGACGUCAAGACAGAAGAGAUGGCUUACCAGAGUCCUCCAGAAACACCAUCCUCCUCCGGCGCACACACGCCAACCCACUCCUCCUCCACCGCACCGUCGUUAUCGAACUCUGUCAUCACAACAAUGUGGUCCGGUCUAAUACGCCGCUUCUCCUCCGACAUCCCAGAGUCGUACGGCCACAACGGACACCCGCACGAGCCUUCACACCUCUCCCACGCGCAUACCGAGCCCGCCGGCGGUAGUGGGGGCUUCCAGGAUGGCAUCAACGGCGUCUUCUUUCCCAGUCAACAACCCAUUCGAACCGCGAGCCCAUUCCGUCCGCCGCCUCUCGACCCCAUUGUCCUGCAUGGCUACAAGGAGAGCACCUCGCAGAGUGCCCGGCUGCUGAGUCACGGCGUGGCCGAGGAGAUUCGCAUCAUGCUUCCAGAGAGACUGAGGAUCAAGGAGGACUGGAGGUUGAUAUACAGCUUGGAGCAGGACGGCGCCAGCCUGGCAACACUAUACCAAAAGGCUGCCGAGUUCCAGGGGCGGCCCCGAAUUGGGUUUGUUCUAGUCGUGAGGGACGAUCUAGGCGGCACUUUCGGCGCAUACCUCUCCGAAUACCCACACCCCGCGUCCAAAUACUUUGGCAACGGCGAAUGCUUCCUCUGGCGCGCCUCAACCCUCACCCCGCUCCCGCCACCGCCCUCCGCCAACACGACGAACCUGACACGCAUCACUACGGUCGCCAGCCCGACACGCUCGACCUUUGGCGACCGCAACAACGCGCCAUCCCCGGCGCCGAGCGAGUCUAUCCGCUUCAAGGCGUUUCCCUACUCGGGCAUCAACGACUACUACAUCAACUGCGAGACGGGCUUCCUCAGCGUCGGCGCCGGUGACGGGCACUACGGCCUCUGGCUCGACGAUAGCCUCGACCGCGGACACAGCGGGCGCAGCCACACCUUUGGCAACGAGCCUCUGAGCGACGAGGGAGAAAAGUUUGGCGUGCUGGGUGUGGAGCUUUGGGUGCUUGGUGCCUGAAAGAUGGUGACUGCCAGAGAAUAGAAUCAGAAAAAGAGAAAGAUUCCCCUCCGCCCAAAGUUGACGGAGACGGGCCUGGCAUGAUUGCCUACAGGUACAGGCCGCCGGAACAACAGUACGCUGAUGUACGCAGCAUGAUCACGGAAGAGACCGCGGACGCUCGUGUUUCUCUGUGG